AUGCAAAGAAAGUAAAUAAAAAAUUGAAAUUAGAGAUUCACUUACAAGCGUUCUAAAGCCACUAAAUCAUGAAAUAAUGAUGGUUUCACCAUACUUAUGUUGUUGCCAGACAAAUCACUAAUAAUCAAAUAAAUAAUAUAUAAGAAAAAAGAAUGUACGUAAAAAUAUAUAUAUGUCAAUAUAUUUUACUAUUAUAAACUUACAGUCUUUUCAAAUUUGGCAACUUUCUAAAUGUAUAAGCAUCUAUAGUUGAGAUUUGAUUUUUACUUAAAUCCCUAAAUAAAAAUUAAACAUAUUUGUAAGAUUAAUACAUUUAAUAAUAUAUUAAUUAAUACAUUAAUAUUCUUACAGUCUUUCUAAAUUUCCGAGACCAUUAAAAGAUUCUGCAUUAAUAGAAGUUAUAUAGUUUUGUGACAAAUUUAAACGUUUCAAAUUUGUCAGAUUCUUAAAUAUAUUAGCUUCAAUAGUAUAAAUGUUAUUUUUACUUAAAUCUCUGAAAUAUAUUAAGCAUAAUGAAAAUAUCAUGAAUAAAAAGAUUUGUUGCAAAACAACUUAUAAUAGUGUAAUAUUCUUACAAUUGAACUAAUUCCACACUGACACUGUUGAUAUUAAUAUCUCUAAUAUUCUGUAAUUCAUUACUGCAUUUGAUACGUAACCACUCAGCUUGUGCACCAAGUUUACACGUGCAAUACUUUGGACAAGUCUGAAUUGUUUUCCCUUUUGUUUGAAUUAAAAUUAAAAACAUCAAAAUAGCUCUCAUUUUUGAAAAAGACAGAUUUUUGCCUGAAGAAUAUCAAUUUUAAUUAAUGAAAAAGUUGAAGUUAAUAAGUUACUUUUUAAAAUGAAUAUCAUAAAUAUGAACAUUAAAAAUAAAUGUUAAUACAAUUAUCAUGUCAUAUAUUUCAACAAAAUUCAAUAUUUCAAAUCUUUGCAAUAUCAUUUUCAUCUAUAUAAAUAAAUAAUUUUUUAUGUUUUAGUAUGAGUAUGAGAAUAUAAUGAUCUUAUGUAAAUAUAAACAAUGAAUUUAUAAAGCUUAUUGUUUAUUACUUACAAUUACAGAAAAGAUUGUAUUUAUCAUAUUGUUUUAAUGUUACAUUCUAUAUAUUAUCAUUAUUUAAUAAUUGCAAAUAUAAUUAUAAAUAUACACGCUCACAAAUAUACAUAUUUUUCAUAACAACAAAAGGCAACGUACGAAUUGUCAUAAACUAUUGACUAUAUAUUUAUAACGCAUAUAGAACUAAUUACAGGCUGAUUUUCACGUAAUAUUCUAAAAGAAUUAUUUUCAUUUUAUUUGUUGCAAUACAAUUCAUACAGUAAUCAUCUUCAAAAUGUACAAAAGAAAAAAAUGUAAAACAUUUUUGUAAUUCUUAUGUAAUGAAAAAUAUGCAUAAAAACAUAUUGUGAAAGAUAACAAAUUUCAUAAGGAUUCGUCAUAAUAGUAACAUCUAACCUAUUAUGUAGUGUAUUUUGAAUAUUGUUGAUAAAGUGCUUAAUCAUUAAAUGUAAAAAUAUAUAUAUAUAUAUAUUUAUAUAAAAGUUUGUAAACAUCAAGCGAAAGUUAAAAAUAUACAAUUGGAAAUAUAUUUUUGUAAAAGAUGUCUGCCUUUUUCUACUAUACUUUGUUUUAUAUUCUAAUGUCAGGAUGUAUUAUAUAUCCACCUACAGAAUUUGUAUCAGUCGGUUUAACAAUAAAAGACAUAUUUUCAAAUUGGUUAGGCAGUGAAAAUGAAUUUUUUGUACAAUAUCAUAUAAAAAGAAGUGUUAUUACAUUAUUUGUACACUCUGUACUGCCCUGUGGAUAUGCUUUUGGUUUAAUUCUGUUUGGACACAUAGACAAUAUCAAUGUAUUAUUAAGUUAUGUCAAUUUAUGGUCAAUAUUUCUUGCUUGUUCUAUAUUGAUGCCGAUAUAUACUUUAUCUAAAAUUUUAAUAUGGUCAAUGAAUAAUUGGAAAAAACAUCCUAUAGCAAAGAAUCUUGCAGUUUAUUGUAACAGCAGUAACAAUAAUAAUAAUAACAACAUACUGUGGACUACAGUAGCUUCUGACAUUAAUGUAGAAUAUCAAAGAAUAGAUAAAGUAAUACUUACGACAAAUAGUAUAACAUGUGUAAUAGUCACUGAUAAUUGGAUAAUUAAAGUUCUACCUUAUAAAAUAAUGGUUGCUCAUCAGAAUGAUACAGCUUUAAUAGUUAACAGAAGUGAUAUUCAUGAAAUGUCACCUAUGACAAGAGGAGAAGUUCAGUUUAUCAAUAUAGAGGUAAAACCUACUAGAGCAGGAUCACAACCAUUUGAUAUACGAUUAAAUGUAUUUGAUUUUAAAAAUCUACAAGAUAAAGUUUCCCGUCCAAUUGUUAUAUUACAAAAUAUAACAUUUCAUAAAACUUUACUUGAUAAAUUCAUUGAUAAUUUUAAACAACAAGUACAAGAAAAUCCACGUUAUGAAUAUGCAGAGGAAUUAAAUCAAUGUAUAGGAUGUAUGCAAGCUUCGUCAAAUGUAAAAUUACAUAAACAAUGUAGUAGUGGUAUAGGAAGUGGAAAUUCUGAAGACUGUAUGAUAUGUUAUUGUCGCCCAAUGUGGUGUAUAGAUUGUAUGGCAAAAUGGUUAGUUCAUCAUAUUUAUAAUUUUUUCAAAUAUAUAUUAUUAAACAUCUUUUUUUAUAGGUUUGCAUCAAGACAAGAUGAAGAUGCACCUGAAACGUGGUUAUCAUCUAAAUGUACUUGUCCAGUGUGUAGAGCACGAUUUUGCAUUUUAGAUGUAUGCCUUAUACAGUUAAUAUAAAUAUAUUUCAAUAUGUGAUUAUAUUUUUAAAGUUACCUUUGUUAUAAAAAAAUAUAUUUUACCUAAUAGCAACAAUAA